GGUUUUUUUUUUUUGGGGGGGGGAGGAGGGGGGGGCGCUUCACGAGGAACGAGCUUCGCGCGUGGGUCUCGUCUCCAGAAACGCGCGUUGCAGCGUCGGCACUGCCGCGAGACCGAGAAUCUCCAGGGGGACGCCAUGCGGCAGAAGAGAUGGACAUUCCUGAGCCUUUUCGUAGUAUUUAUCCCCGUGAUGCACGGUUCAGACCUGGGCACGGAGGAGAACCCCGUCUUUGACCUGUUCGAGAUCAGCAAGCUCAACCGCAGGAACAGCGGGGUGCGGCUGGUGCGGGGCCCCGACCCGGACAGCUCCGCGUACCGCGUGGUGCGCCCCGAGCGCAUCCCCGCCGCCUCGGACCAGCAGCUGCAGCGCCUGCUGGGGCUCAUGCGGGACGAGGAGGGCUUCGUGUUCGUCGCCUCCAUCCAGCAGGAUGCGCGCACCCGCGGCGCCCUCGUGAGCGUCCAGCCGCAGGACGGGGCCUCGUCGGCGCGCCGCUUUCAGAUCGUCUCCAACGGGAUCGCCAACACCCUGGACCUCGCCUACUCCGUGGAGGGCAUGCAGAGCGUCGUCUCGUUUGAGGACGUGGACCUGGCCAACGGCGACUGGCAGAACCUGACCCUGCACGUGAGCGGCGAGCACGCCAGGCUCUUCAUCGGCUGCGACCUCGUCGAGAACAUCAUCCUGGAGGGCCCCUUCUACGAGCAGCUGUCCGGCCCGCAGAGCCGUCUCUACAUCGCCAAGGGCAUGGUCAAGGAUGACGACUUCAAGGGCUCGCUUCAGAACAUGCACUUCAUCUUUGGCAUGGCCGUGGAGGAGCUUCUCCGCAACAGAGGAUGUCCACUCGCUGCCCAGCCCGAUGGCCUGGUCCUUGCUCCCUUGGAACAGACUGAACUUAAGAGUGCGAGUUCUGCCAUUGUCAACAACAUAUUGGGCCAGAAGAUGGGCAAGUCGUUGGAGCCAGCUGGCUACUGUGACUACUCGUGCAAGGAUGUUACACACAUGUUUUCCGAGAUGAAGGGACUCCGUGUCAUAGUGAGCAAACUUGUGGAUGGCAUCCAGAAUCUGAGUGAUGAGAAUACGAAGCUGCACCGCAGUCUGGGCAUCACAGAGAAGGGCAUGUGCUGGCACGAUGGACGAGUCUACGAGAACCACGCCGAGUGGACGGUGGACAGCUGCUUCUCCUGCACUUGCCAGGACUCCAAGACCAUGUGUCGCCAGUUGUCCUGCUCUCCUGUUGCCUGCAUGAAUGCCGUCGUGCUGGAGGGAGAGUGUUGCCCAACCUGCAUAACGGUCGACAAAGGCGAGGGCUGGUCCCCGUGGUCGGAGUGGACCGAGUGCUCCGUGUCGUGCGGCACGGGCUCCCAGCAGAGAGGCCGCUCUUGCGACCGCAUCAGCAGCACAUGCGAGGGGCCCUCCAUCCAGAUUCGCAAGUGCCACACCAAGAGCUGCGACAAGAGGGUGAAACGUGACGGCGGCUGGAGCCACUGGUCACCCUGGUCGUCGUGCUCCGUGUCGUGUGGCGACGGCGUCUCCACGCGCAUCCGUCUCUGCAAUUCUCCCGUCCCUGUGCUGGGCGGCCGCGAGUGCAACGGGCAGGGCCGCGAAAACGUCCCCUGCAACAAGGAGCCCUGCCCGAUCGACGGGAACUGGGGACCCUGGACUCUCUGGUCACCGUGCCCUGUGUCGUGUGGCGGGGGUCUCCGUGAGCACACGCGCCUCUGCAACAACCCCGAGCCACAGUUCAACGGCAAGAAAUGUGUGGGAGACGGACGCGAGACGGACAUCUGCAACAAGGAAGAAUGCCCCAUCGAUGGCUGCCUUUCCAGCCCGUGCUUCACGGGCGUCGAAUGCACGAGUUUCCCAGAUGGCUCAUGGCAGUGUGGCCCCUGUCCCGCUGGCUUCCGUGGGAACGGAGCAGAAUGUCUUGACAUUAACGAGUGUGAAGAGGUGAAGGACAUCUGCUUCAAUCUGAACGGGAUCCAUCGCUGUGAGAACACAGCACCCGGGUUUCACUGCCAACCCUGCCCGGCGCGCUACGGUGGAAACCAGCCCUUCGGCGUGGGACUGUCUGAUGCCAAGCGAGCAAAGCAGACGUGCGAGCCCAGAAACCCCUGCAAGGAUGGCACUCACAACUGCCAUAAGCACGCCAAGUGCAUCCACCUGGGCCAGUUUGCAGAGCCUCCGUUCAAGUGUGAGUGCCGCACGGGCUACGCUGGAAACGGGGUCAUUUGUGGAGAGGACACCGACCUUGACGGCUGGCCCAACUACAACCUGACUUGCGUGGUCAAUGCCACUUAUCACUGUCGCAAGGACAAUUGCCCACACCUGCCUAACUCGGGUCAGGAGGACUAUGACAAGGACAACAUGGGUGACGCCUGUGACGAUGACGAUGACAACGAUGGAAUUCUCGAUGACAGGGACAACUGCCGACUGCAGUUCAACCCGAGGCAGUACGACUACGACCGCGAUGACGUGGGAGACCGCUGUGACAACUGCCCGUACAACCACAACCCGGGGCAGAUCGACACGGACGGGAAUGGGGAGGGGGACGCCUGCUCUGUGGACAUCGAUGGAGACGGUAUUCUAAAUGAACAAGACAACUGUCCUUAUAUUUAUAACGUGGACCAGAAGGACACGGACAAGGAUGGCGUUGGCGACAUGUGCGACAAUUGUCCGCUGGAGCACAACCCAGAGCAGAUGGACACAGACUCUGACCUCAUUGGAGAUAAGUGUGAUAACAAUCAGGACAUUGAUGAGGAUGGCCAUCAGAACAAUUUGGACAACUGCCCCUAUGUACCAAACUCGAAUCAGGCUGACCAUGACAAAGAUGGCAAAGGUGACGCUUGUGACUGGGAUGAUGACAACGAUGGAAUUCCCGACGACAAGGACAACUGUCGACUCGUGCCAAACCCUGACCAACUCGACUCUGAUGGUGAUGGGCGAGGCGACGCCUGCAAAUAUGACUUUGACAACGACGGAAUACCGGACAUUGAGGACAACUGCCCCGAGAAUGCGGCUAUUUUCCAGACAGACCUGCGAAAGUUCCAGGUGGUUCCUCUCGACCCCAAGGGCACAGCUCAGAUCGACCCGAACUGGGCGGUGCGCCACCAGGGCAAGGAGCUCGUGCAGACGGUCAACAGCGACCCAGGGAUGGCCAUCGGGUACGACGAGUUCAACGGCGUAGACUUCAGCGGCACUUUAUUUGUGAACACCGAGCUCGACGACGACUACGCGGGCUUCGUGUUCGGCUACCAGUCGAGCGGCCGCUUCUACGUCGUCAUGUGGAAACAGGUGACGCAGACGUACUGGCAGAACAAGCCGACGGUGGCGCACGGCUACGCCGGCCUGCAGAUCAAGGUCGUCAACUCGUCCACGGGACCGAGCGAGAACCUUCGCAACGCGCUCUGGCACACGGGGGACACCCCUGGACAGGUGCGCACUCUGUGGCACGACCCUAAGGUGAUCGGCUGGAAAGACUUCACAGCCUACAGGUGGCAUCUUGUCCACAGACCCAAGACUGGCUUUAUCAGGGUUGUGAUGCACGAGGGAAAGCAGGUGUUGGCUGACUCGGGACCCAUCUAUGACAAGACGUUUGCGGGUGGUCGGCUCGGGCUCUUUGUGUUCUCCCAGGAGAUGAUUUACUUUUCAGACCUGAAGUACGGCUGCAAAGAUUCUUAGAUGAAAACCCGAACGAGACAAAGGUACCAGCCAUUGUACCAGAUAUUUUCCCCAAAGCUACCUUACAAACGCUUCGAUCAAUAUUCAGCGAGUGAUUGGCUGAAACAUAACCACACAUUAAUGGAGGGUGUAUUCAAUGUAACGUUUGGGUUAUACUUUUGUAUACCUUCACACAAAUGUAGAACUCACCAGGAAUCACUCAUUCCAAGUGACACAGCUUCAUCCGAAGCAAAGCUAAAGUGCAAGAAAUGUAACGAUGUUAUAGGGGACUCAACACAGCAACUUAAUAUUUCAACUUCAGAUACGGCAGUGGACUCCCCUCUAACAUAUAGCAGUGGUGAUUAAGCAAUUUUUGAUUUAAAGCUUUCAUGACUGCAGGGAUUCAUAUUCUUGGUUCUUUCGGUAAAGUCACGUAGAAGGGAAACAAUAAAAUAAUAGAUAAUGAUAUGAAACAAUAUUUUAUUGUUUUAUAUUUUUAUUAUUUGAUUGUUUCCCUUCUACAUGACUUUACCGAAAGAACCAAGAAGAUCAAGCAAUUGUUACACAUUAUUCUCAAUGUAUGACUGAUGCCAUCUGUUGAUUAAACUUCCAAAGUAUACAGUACCUCGGUGAAAUGCUUAAGAUGUUGGAUGCUUGAGGUGUUAAUAAUGGAUGUUGUUGCAUUUUGAUAACUGUAGAGUAGAAAUAUAAGAUGUUAUGUCAAACUUGCAAUGUUAUCUUUAUACGCUUGAAAUUAAUGGAAAAAAAUACAUAUACGGACUAUUUAAGAAAUCAUUUUAUACUUGCAUUUUUUGUUACGUUGACAUUUUGUCAAGUUUGCAAGACCAAUGCGUGUCCAAAGAGUUGACUGUAACCAGCAAUGUGCGGCAAAUUUCUUAGCAAAAUUUUUUUUACACAAAACAUCCAGCUCACCUGGGAAUCAUAUUCAGGUUUCAGAACUGAAAGAUUGAGUCCACUGUAGAUAACGUUUUGUUAUGUAUGAAUUAAAUUAUUUAUUUUCAUGUCAAUGUCAAUUGUGUAUGAUUCUGACGACUCUCCAGUUGGUAGUAUUGUGCUGCUUCAGGAAUGAAAAAGGAAAUCUGUAUGAUUGUAAAUAAGUAUUUAUUUCUUAAAUUACCCAUUCAUUCUGAUCGGGUGUGGGACGAACCACACAGCCCAGGGGGCUGAACCAUCGGGGGGGGGGUUUGUUUCAAGAGAAAAUGACCGAUGAGCUCUGUUAGCGACGAUUCUUUCCCGAUCACCGAUUUCCAUAUUUUAAUGUGAAUCUGUCGGGUCUUUUUACAUGUCAUGUUUGGAUGCCAUGUUCACCCCCCCCCCCCCCCCCAAAUUAGUUUGUCGCUUAUUCUGGAUGGCGUUAACUUUAUGGCCAUUAAAAGAGAAAUAUGGAGGCACAUAAAAGUCAUAACUUAUAAGGGAAAUCAGCUGAACAGGAGCAGGGAGGUGGUGAGUAUUGAGGGUGAUGAGUAAUGGAGGUGACCUCACCAAGGUUGGAUUGAAUAAGUAUUUCAGUAGGAAAAAUAUAUUGGCAUUUCACCAACUUUUAAAGGCUACUAUGCUUAUGUGAAAUAAUUAAUUGGAUCAUGUAGUCAGUUAAAUUCCCCACUGAAAUGUUUUCAUUAAAUAUAUUUCCCCCGAAAAAUGUUAGCAGAUGGAAAAAGUACAUUCCACACAAAUCACAUUAUCAAAUGUAUCCUUGUUUUACCCAAUUCGUCCAUUGUUAAUUUGAAACCUGUUUACACGAGAACAUCAAUGGGUAAAUCUUUGAUUUGUACAUAUGAAAACAUCCCAUUUUCAACAAGAACGCUCACGACUAUUUCUGAGAAGUGAGAUUUAAAUGGAAAACAAGAACGCGCACAUUGCGCGUGCUUUCAGUUAAAAAAACAGAAAACAAUCAGGAUGCACCCAGUACAGUAAUCAUUUCACAUAUAUGGUUCAUUGAAGAAAUCAUACGGUAUUUUUUACUGCAUUGUUGAAAGCUGCCAAACUUGUUCUGUGGCCUGAAAGAUAGUUUGUACCGCCAAUAUUAGUGUUUUUAUGAAUAAUGUAUGAAAUGUCUGAAAUAAUAAAUGCCCACUUUAUAAUAAACCGAA